CUGGAGUGAGCGGGGAGCGUUCUCGCUGGCAGCCUGGGCCACGGGCAGUCGGAGCCGCGGCCGAGCAGCCAGCCUCUUGGAAAGAGCUCGCCGCCGUCCCCGAAGCCGCCCGCUGAGGCCAGUGUGGCGGCGCUGUCCGGCGGCGGGAGAGGGAAGCUGCCGGAGAGGCGGCGGCGAGCGAGUGCGGCAGCCGGCCAGCCCGCGGCGCAGCCCGGCAGCCACGCGAGCUCAGCUCCCGCACGCACGCACGAUCCGCGGCUCGCGCCUCGCUUCGCCUCGCCUCCCGCCCGGUCUCCCCGGCCUCCCCGCCCCCUGGCCCCCGGCUGCCGCGCGGCGGCAGAGGAGCAGCAUGAAUCUGCGGCGGUGCGUGCAGGCGCUCCUGCUGCUCUGGCUCUCCCUGACCGCGGCGUGUGGAGGGCCCCUGCUGCAGCCUUCUGAUGGGAAUGGGCUGGAGGAAAGCAAUGUCCGCCACCUGGUGCAGCCCAGAGGGUCGAGGAACGGACCAGGGCCAUGGCAGGGAGGUCGGAGGAAAUUCCGCCGCCAGCGGCCGCGCCUCUCCCACAAGGGCCCCAUGCCUUUCUGAAGCAGGACUGAACGGGUCCCUGAGUACCCACCCCCUGCAACUCUCACCAGUCCAUAGAUUGGUCUUCCUCUCUGGAGCCCUCACAUCCAUUCGCCUCUCAUCUUGCACCUGUCCUCGCUGCUGAUGGUCCCGGCUCUUCUCACCCACCGGCUUCCCCAAAUGGCGUGAUCCUGCCCCUAGUUGGGAUGAUUCCCUUUCUCUCCAAUGGAUCCAUUCAGCCCCUCUUCCUGGCUCUUCUCUAGACUGAUUUUGGAGACCCAGCACUGGAAGGCCAGCCUUCUCCUACCCCACCCCCCUUCCUCGAGUCCCCACCUCCUCCCAUCUAACAGCCCAACCUUCACCCAGCCCAUUCUUCCUCGGACGUGCUCUGCGGGCUGGGGGGAAACACUCCCUUCUUCAGUGGGCCUCAGCAGAUCCCAGGCUUUCCAGUCAGGUGGACCCUUCACCAGGCAAGGAGCCUCUGGUUAGAGGGGCUGGGGCAUCAGGAUGCAGACAGGUGCCUGGGGAGGGGCAUUGGAAUGGGGGUUGGUUCUCUGGUGAAGGGGAGAUGGGAGGCAUUGGAGAAGAGGAGGGAUAGCUGCUGUGGCCUUUCCUUCAUCCCAUGUUUGGCUUAAGGAAGAGGCAAAGGAGAGGGGCCAUGAAGUACUUUGUUACCUCUCUCACCUUUCUGUGUCUCCUAACACUGCCCCCCACCCCACCCCCAACUCC